AACACCAACGUUAUGUGAUAGACAGCACGGGAAGUUUCAUUUACCAAGAAAGAGAAUACGAGCGUACGAUCUCUCUUAGGUUAGGAGAGGGAUAGUACUGAUCUGGAGCUGUGGAAUAUCUGGCGGCUAGUGACGCUGGCUUGUGAACUGGGACGGACGCGCGGUGAUCCGGUGGCAGGGCGGCUGUGGAGUCCGGGAGAGUGGAGCGUUCCCGCAGGUGGACACCCAAGGGUGCGGUGACAGGGACGCGGCAAAGAUGGAUUGCUGCGGGCCACCGACCAGGGCGCCUUCGACCGCGUCAAUCCCGGAGACGGGGGGAGAAGACGUGACAGACUUCCGGAAGCCUGACCAUGUCCGGGAAUGCAAGGACGUCUUCUCGCUCAUGGUGUUCUCUGUAUUCGCCGUUUAUAUGGUGUGCGUCGCGAUAGCUGCUGCUUCUCGCCGGGACUACGUGGGUCUGCUGUAUCAUGCGGACAGCUACGGCAACCUAUGUGGCCUGGACAACUGGAACCGAAAGCUUAUCGGCGUGCCGCUAUCUGGCCAGGACAUGCGUGGAAAGACGCUGCUCCAGAAAUCUGAAUCUGCAUGGAUAUGCGUGGAAAAAUGUGAAAAGGAAACUGCUAACCUGCUGCCUUACGUUUGCUCCGUGCAAGCACCCGAAGUGCGUGAGUUAAUACUCAGGGAUUCCGACUCGAAGAUUCUCGCUGGGGACCUGCUGUGGCAAAUGGAUGAAAUGUGUUUUGUGGUGCUUAUUGGAAUAGGCAUCACGAUUGUUUGGAUGCUGUGCCUUCGGUUCUGGAUUAGCAUCUACUCUUGGCUCAUCAUGAUGGCGUCGGCUGUCAGCACGCUCGCCUUCACAAUCACACUCUGGUUGUCCUGGGGCAAAGAUAUCACUCUGUACGAGCGCCCACCUGGCGAUGUGAUGGAGCUGUCCAAGCACAAUGAACGCAGUAAUUUGUGGGUCCUGGUACUUGUGCUACUCACGAUACUAACGGUGGUAACACUCAUCAUGAUUGCUGUCGUUCUCAGGAAAGUCACGAUGAUUGUGGGUGUAUUAGAAGAAGCCGGAAGAGCGCUUGGCGACGUGCCUUCUCUUUUCGGCCAAGCUAUCACGGCGGCCAUGGGGAUUGUUGUGAUUGCCGGGUUCUGGCUUCUCGGUCUCAUCGCCAUGCUGUCGGUUGUGCAUCCAUUUAUUGACGACGCAGCACGGCGGACCGUCAGAUUUGAUACUGAUGGUUUUUUUCUGGCCAUGUGCCCGCCAUACGUAUUAUUAUUCCUUUGGCUGGCGAACAUCGUCCUCAGCUGCCAGCACUUCGUCGUAGCUAGUACCGUAGCCGCCUGGUACUUUACAAGGCACAAGACGCACAUGAGCGCGCCGGUGAUGCGCAGCAUGCAGCUCCUGGUUGGCUACCACCUGGGCUCGGUCAUCUAUGGCUCGCUGGUGCUCGUCGUCGCGGAUCCCCUGAGGGCCAUCAUCUCUGGCUCACGUCUCGUCUUGAACGAAAAGACUCAGGCGGGGGUGUCAGCGACCAGGAUUCUGAGGCCGUGUUGUAGCUGCCUCGACCGAUUCUUGAUGCACCUUAACCGCAAGGCCUACAUUAUCAUGGCGAUGCAUGGCCUGAGCUUCCGCACCAGCGGUCGGAGGGCGAUGCGGCUAUUAGAGCGCCAUUGCCAGCAGGUGGCGGGACUCGAUACCAUCUCUGGGUUCGUGCUCUUCCUAGCCAAAUUCAACGUUGCGCUGCUGGCAGUGUUUAGUGGACUCUGGAUUAUCAAGGAAACCCAGAAGACGGUGUACGUGUGGGCUCCUUUGAUUGCAGCUGGCUGCAUAGUAUACUAUGUAGCUGAUUCCUGUAUAUCGCUUUAUGAGGUCGCCGUGGACACGCUGUUCCUCUGCUUCAGCGAGGACUGUGAGCAAAACAACGGAGUGACAAAACCGUAUUUUGUCACAGAUUCCUUGAGGGCCUUCAUGCAUAACAGCAAGAACGACAUUCCGGAGAUUGGAAGCACGAGAGUGACGUCAUAGGGCGAUGAUACACUCUCACGUGGAUCAAGCUACAGAGACUGAACAAAAAGAUAACAAAUAUUUUUAAUAAAGUGUCGCGCACUAAUGGCGGCCCCCGACCUUCUAUUGGA